UCUAUAGGCCUGAGUUUAACGCUAUCGAACAUAUGUUUAGAUGGAUUAAAAGAAAGUUACAUAACUUCAUAAUUUAUCUAAUAAAUUCAUUUAAUCAUCAAUCUGCUUCUACACCAAUUGAUAUCAAAUUGGUGUAGAAGCAUUUAUGA